AUGGCUUUGUACAUGAAAGCCGCUGAGAUCCUGGAGAAAGCCGAGAGGAAGCAGGGCGCCUUGAAAACUCUAGUUUACGAGAGCAAAUUUACCAACAUCAAGCAGCUGUUUGCGCUGGUUUGUGAGACGCAGAAGUAUUCCUCCAUCUUGGAGGAGAUCAUCGAGUCCACCAAGCUGCUCAAACAGACCAAGCUGAAUAUGCACCUGGCUAAGGUGCUGGUGCACGACCUGCUGAUGGGCCAGGGGCUGAAGUGCGGCGGCUCCUGGAAGGCCAUGAUGAUGAAGCAUCGCUCCAGACUGCAGGCGGUGCUGGCCCGCAUGAAGGUGAAGCAGAAGGUCAGCAGGAAUGAAGAUCUGCUCCCGGCCAGCAUCCAGCAGCUCGUCGGGGACCAGCUGCCUAGGUAUGUGCGUGUGAACACCCUGAAGACCACCGUGGAGGAUGCUGUGGACUACCUGAAGAGGGAUGGUUUCUCCUACCUGGGAAAGGCCUCCAGGCUGGAUGACUUAACUCUGAAGAAGAGAGACUUUGUGAUGGACCUGCACCUGCCAGAGCUGCUGGUCUUCUCUCCUAAAACUGACUUCCAUGACCACUUCCUUUACAAGGCAGGCCACAUCAUUCUGCAGGACAAAGCCAGCUGUCUCCCUGCCUACCUCCUCAACCCCCCACCUGGCAGCCAUCUCAUUGAUGCCUGUGCCGCCCCUGGCAACAAAUCCAGCCACCUGGCAGCCAUCAUGAACAACAAGGGCAGGCUUUUUGCCUUUGAUUUGGAUGCCAAGCGUCUGGCCACCAUGUCGACUCUCCUGCUCCGAGCUGGGGUCACCUGUCAGCAGCUGGCCAACCAGGACUUCUUGAAGGUGGACCCUGACAGCCCGCAGUAUAAAGAUGUUGAGUAUAUCCUGCUGGAUCCAUCCUGCAGCGGAUCAGGUAUGGUGUGUCUCCGGGACAAUGCCUCCUCUGCUGACCAGGAGAAGGAUCACGCUCGUCUGGCCGCCUUGGCCUCCUUCCAGCUGCGGUGCCUGAACCACGGCCUCCGGUUUCCUCGCUUGAAGCGCCUGGUCUACUCCACCUGCUCCAUCCACAGCCAGGAGAACGAAGAAGUCGUAACGGCCUGUCUGCAGCAGAACCCCGGCUUCAGGCUGGUUCCUCUGCUGGCUCAGUGGCCUGAACGAGGCCUGGAGCCGCUCACUCAGUGUCUGCGUGCCAGCACCACCAAGACCCGCACACACGGCUUCUUCGUGGCUCUGCUGGAGAAACACAGUGAGGCUGGGAAUAAGAAGCAGGAGCCAUUGGUUCAGAUAAGCGACCCGGAGGCGACACCACACAGGCUGUCCACCUGUGAGAAGAGACCUGCAUCUUCAGAAGAAGAGUCUGAAGCUUCAGAGACCGAGGACAAACUGACACCUGCAGAAGGGCGGGCUGACGAGCCUGGCAAGAAGAAGAGGAGAAAGAGGAAGAAGAAGAAGAAGGCAGCAACAGUGGAGUGAUAAGAAAUUUAAACUGGGACUGCUACAGCAUGUUGUCUGGAGAGAAUGCUUUAUGUAGGGUGCUCUAUUCAUUUCUAAUAGGGACGUGGAAUGUAACUGAAAAGUAAAGAGAUUUUUUUUUUAUUGUA